AUGGAUGCCAAUGACGGAUUUGUACCAAUUACGGCGAUAUUUUACGCCGUAUUUCAUCCUACUGAAGGUACUAAGAUAGUACACCAAGUUCCUGAAGGUUCAAUUGCAAGCUAUUCUGCUCCAAACCUUAACCUGUCUGAGAUCCUUUUCAAUUUCGACACUGUUAAAAACUACAUUAUUCCGAAACCACAAUUGUGCAACAAGCUAGUGUCUUUUAAAAUUAACAGAUUUAGGGUAUUAGGUUACCCUGUUAAUAUUGAAGGUUCGGGAUAUUCAAGAAACUCAUUUAACUUCAAUUUCGGUUUUGUUUUCCCUUACAACUCCGAUACAACUCCUUAUGAAUCUGCAAUUCGGCGAAUGGGCAAGAUGUUCCGGGCUCUAGAAGAGCAAUCUUACCUUCUAAGCAAAUUGGAUAAAGAUCGUGUCUUCUUUAAUCUGAAAUCUAACAGUUUGCUUACGAAGAGCACUGACUACACCCCGGGACAUCAGAAAAUUCAAAAAUUCUCUUUGCAGUCAAUUGAGUCUCUAAUUCAUCAGAUAUACCAGGAUCUCAAUAAUUAUUCUGAGUGUUGUAUUCCCAUUGAUUCAGCAAAUAGUGUGGAUAUCAAGCUUUUUCCCAUAUUGCCACCUCCAGUCAAUCUCAAAGCAUAUCAGGUUCCAUUACUGACAGUGAAGUUGAAUCUGCUCAUGGAUGUCAAUUGGGAUCCUACAAUGGUGAAGAUUUUACCAUAUAUUAAUGGAUUGAAUUCUGUGAAAAAGAUUAGUGAGCUUGCAGAUGCUGACUAUCUACUUACUAAGAAUUGCAUCCAACAUUUAAUGCAUUACCAGUGUAUCGCCAUGAUGGAUAUUUUCCAAUUCAAUAAUAUCUACGCGCCUACAAACAACAUUGGAAACUUUCUCAAAACAAAUGGUAUGGCCGAAGAAUGUCAAGCAUAUAUCAUUUCUGUCAAUUUCGACGAUUUAGCACGCAAUUCUGUCCCAACCACCGCAGCUACAUCAAAUACUCCACCUAACUCACGUCCGGAAAUUCCUAAUCAAGGUCUUCGGGCGGCAAGUGCCAGUAUUGGUUCGCCGGCAGUUAAAGUAGUAGCUGAGUCUGCAAGUCCAUUAUCAAAGUCGGCGAUAAGUGGAAGCAUGAUCAACAAGCCGAACAUACGAGAUCAGCUGCGAGAAAUCAAAGUGCCUUCUAAAGCUACUCUUUUCUAUUUAUAUCGGCUGCUCAAUCAAGGUCAGACUAUAAAGGAGUGGUACAUUCAGCAUCAUAAGGCAUUGGGAAACAUCGACAUUCGCAGGUUCAUAACUUUCGGUGUCGUUAGAGGGAUUAUUUACAGGGUUAAUCUGUAUCCAGUGCUACACUCUGUAACGAAAUCUCUAGAAAGCAGAGAAGAGAAAAUCGACAACUUGGAUCUCUUCGUCGAGUCACACCAAGAGCAAUUGAGAAGAAAGAAUCGUCGUGUUCUGGCCUCGACGACUGAUAUUAAAGAUUCUGGCUUGCUUCGAAGCUCUGUGAAGGAGGCAAAGUUGAAAACAGGAAAGAAAAAGAGGACAGUCAGUUUUAAUUAUCAUGUGGAUAGACGAGUGCGUGUGAGUGAUGACGAUGAGGAAGAUGACGAUGAAGACGAGAGUGAAGACGCAAAUGAUUCCUUCAACAGACUGGAUGUUUUUGACAGUGAUUCCGAAUCUUCAAAUAGAACGUCCAGUCUUUUGCAUCACAAGAUUUCCGAUAAUAUCUCGGAUUCUGAAGAGGAUGGGCUGUUCGAAUUGGAAGAGUUGGUGAGUUUGAUUAAGCUCAUGAAAGGCAUGCAGCAUUUUGAUUCAGUGUGCACCGAACUUCAGAAGUCUAGAAAUGAUGUCGAAAAGUUGAUGGAUAUGAUUGGUCCAUGUUCGAUUAUUAAUUCAUAG